AUGCGCCCACCUAGCCUAUCAGCGGCGGGCGACCUCGACGUCCACGGUGACAUGGCAUCAACGCCUCCACCACCGUCAUCAACGUCGUACCAUACCAACGACGUCGCCUCCACUACCUCCGUCACGCUCACUAAAGAGCAAUUCGACGAGCUGAUCAGGAACCAGCGCCCCGCACGGGACGACGACGCAUUCUCCAUGCGUCAGCGCCUACCCCCAGCCAACCCUCCGGUCUUCCCCGACGACUCGAAACUUACGGAGGACAAUUACGUUGACUGGGUCCCCACGAUGCCGCCAUGCCCGCCCUCUUGGGCUGGAUUCAACGCUCGGACGAAUCGAGCGACGGUCCCCGUUGCGAAGGCGGUCGUACCGACCAAACGCUCUGCACCAGGCAAGAAGGGAAAAUGGGAUCGUUCUGGUCCUGCCCCGAGCAACUGCCCAGCUUGUGGUCAAGGCAAACACUGGCUCGACAAGUGUCCGGAAUCGCGCAAGCGAGCCAAGUACCUCGAGCUCAAGAACGCCAUGAAGGAACUCCAAGGCUCAUCAUCGCCUGCGUCCACGUUCGUGGCCACCGAGGCAGCAUCCAAGGAUCAACACCUGUCCGUCGUUUCUUCUGCUACGUUUGUCAACAUCGGGCCACCGGCGGAAAUCCUUCUACUAGACUCGGCGUCGGCGUGCCACGUCGUCAACGAUGCGUCCUUCUUUGACGGCCCCCUUUCGCCUACCCCGCAAGUCCUGCAAGGUCUAGGGGGAACGGUGAAGGCCUCGGGAAUCGGCUCGGUCAAGCUCGUCUCCGAUAAUGGUACCAGGUUCACCCUCAACGACGUGAUCUACGCCCCCGAGAGCCCUGCCAACCUCAUCUCAGUCCGGGCCUUCGACCGCAAAGGCGUUCGCAUCACCUUCGAACACGGACAAGUCGAGCUCCGCACGCCGCAAGGGUGCAUCGCCACAGCAUCAGCCAUCGCGUCCUGCGUUUACAAACUCAACGCUUCGGUCCAAGCUGCCAGCAAAGAUGCGCGACACACCCUCAUUGCCACCAAGUCCAAUAGGCUACCUUUACUUACCCUUCACCGGCGCUACGGCCACGCCUCUGUCCAGACACUUAAAAAACUGGCGGCCUCUGGCCAGGUGGAGGGUUUAGAUUGGCCCUAUAGUGACUUCGAGUGUGAUGGCUUCACCUGCAACGCGUGCCUUGCCUCCAAAGCGCAUCGUUUGCCUUUCCCCUCUUCGUCGUCGCAUGCCGCGGAACCACUCGCAUUGGUGCACUCGGACGUCUUAUCUUUCCCCGAGGAAUCCUUAGGCCAUAAGCGAUACCUCGUCACGUUCAUCGACGACUUCUCGAGGAAGACUUGGGUUUACCCUAUCGGGCACAAGAGCGAGGUCCUUCAGACAUUCAAGGAUUGGCUUCUGGAGAUCGAAAACGCCACGGGUCGCAGGGUCAAAACACUUCGCUCGGACAACGGGGGCGAGUAUGUCUCUACCGCUUUCAACGGCUAUUGCGUGGCCCGCGGAAUUCAUCGCGAAUUGACCAUACCGUACACACCCGAGCAAAACGGUCGGGCUGAGCGAGCCAACCGGUCAAUCGUCGAGGGCACCCUGGCUCUACUGUCUCACUCGGGACUCCCACGAUCGUGCUGGGACGAGGCUGCCAUGUGUUACAUUCACGCCAAGAACCUCUCGCCUCACGCGGCCCUUGGUGGAGCCAUCCCAAACAGUCGUUGGUCGGGCCACACACCAGGCGUAGGGGGUCUUCGGGCAUUCGGUUGUCGCGCUUGGACCACCGUGCCGGCUCACCGACGGGACAAGCUCGACCCGAAAGGGAUUCCUCUGGUCUUCGUCGGGUACGAUCGACACGCGAAAGCCUACCGCCUUCUUGAUCCUUCCUCCAUGCGUGUGAGUCUGGGCCGCAAUGUGACGUUCGUAGAAACCGAGUUCCCCUUCGCCAUCGCGCCCACCCGAGUGACGCAGCCGUCCAUCCCGGGUUACGCCCCCCAGCCCCCACCCGUCGAAGCUCCAACACCUGUCGAGCCUCCCCCACGGCCACCGGCCCCAACACCUGUCGAGGCACCCGCGUCGCCCGCAUCGACCAGCUCGGCCGACAACGACGACGCCUCAUCGACCACGAGCGCAACGACGGAGUCAGCCGUGAACCUGCCGCAACCACCUCCGGAUCCAGCUCCACUCGCCAAAGUCAAGCCGACUUGGGAGUACGGCGACGUCGUCAAGGUUGGUCCCGAUCCAGGGAAGUACGGUGAAGUCGACGCUCGAAACAUCAUUGAUGGCCCCCGGACUCGCCGCCAACCCGUUCCCACCAUGAUCACGCGGGAACAGCUAGUCGACGGCCCCGACGGACCCACCGCCUCUUUCAAGAGCCUGCUCAUUGCCUUCGUAUCCACCAAGGCCGGCUUCGCAGAUCAUGACUUGUCGGUUGUUCGCGAUCCGGCAAAUUGGGGCGACGUCAUCCGAUCGGGACAAGAGGACGUUUGGGGCGCUCCGGCACAGGAUGAAUUCGAUUCGCUUCUGAACGAUUACGAGGUCUUCCAAAUCGUCGAAUCCUGUGAGCUCCCAGCGGGUGAGAUCCUCCUGCGGUCGGGCUGGGUGUUCCGGACUAAACGCAACCAGCAUGGCGACAUCACCGAUCACAAGGCCCGACUUGUCGCUCACGGAUGUGCCCAACGCCCUGGCCUUGACUUCGAGAAGACCUACGCCCCUGUCGUCAAAUUCACGUCCAUUCGAGCCCUCAUCGCACUCGCCGCGGCCAACGGCUAUCACGUCCAUCAGGCCGACGUCAACAAGGCGUAUUUACACGGCAAACUUGACAAGCCUCUCUACAUGCGCGUCCCUCAGGGCAUAAACCUGCCAGGCAAGAUCCUCAACCUGUCUGAAAAGCACGAGAUCGCUCUCGAGCCUCACUGAUUCCGAGUCCAAACAGAAAGGAUCAAACGGUGUAAUUCGCAGGCGAAGAAAGACUACUAAAAGGACUAAGGCCAAGAGACGCGGCGGCGCCGCGCGCGAGGGCAAGCGUGAGGCCGCAGAGGUUGGCUCAAGGUCGUCGUGAGGCGUAAGCGGAGCGGCGCCUUACACUGUCCAAAUCCAUCUACGGCCUUCGCCAGGCCGGCACCAUCUGGAACGCUGAGAUCGACUCGACUCUGCGGUCCCUCGGAUACGUUCCCACCAGGUCUGACAUCUGUAUCUACCGCCGCGAACACGACGGGCACUCACACUAUAUUGCCUUGUACGUCGACGACUUGCUUUUGGUUGAUCCCUCUACCGCCGAAAUCGAGCGGGUGCUGGACGCGCUGGAACUCGCAUACGGCAUCAAACGUCUCGGACCUGCCGAAUAUAUUCUAGGCAUCCAAGUCAAACGUGGACAAGACGGCUCUAUCACGCUCUCACAAGAGCGCUACCUUCGGGACAUCCUUGCCAGGUUCCAAUUCACCGAUGCCAAGCCGGCAAGUAUUCCAAUGCAGCCAGGUGUCGUCCUUGACUUCGAGGACUUGGCGGCCACUCCUCAGGAUCGUACGCGCUACUUGCAGGCCAUCGGUUCGUUGAUGUACGCCGCAGUUGGAACUCGUCCGGACCUCGCCUUCGUGGUCAGCUACCUCGCUCGCUUCUCCCAGCAGCCUGGCCCGGAGCAUUGGACAGCCAUCAAGCAGUUCCUCCGUUACAUCAAAGGCACGCUGGACUUGGGCCUCACCUAUCGCAAGACCAGCCAACCACUCCAUGGCUACUCGGAUGCGAACUGGGGAGCCUGUCUAACGACCUCACGAUCGACCAUGGGCUACGUGUUCAUCUUGUCCGGAGCCGCUAUUGCUUGGUGCUCCAAACGCGAACACAGGGUGGCCAAGUCCACUACCGACGCAGAGUACCUCUCUCUUUCGUACACAAGCGGUGAUGCCAUCCACCUGAGCGAACUCCUGGCUGAACUUGGCGCUCCGGUCUCCGGUCCAGUCGUACUCUACGGGGACAACCAAGGUUCGCUGGCUCUUGCGCAGCACCCGACCAACCAUCAGGGGUCUCGUCAUGUUCGCAUCUCGGAACAUUGCGUCCGCGAGAGGGUAGCUGAGAAGGAGAUCGAGGUCCGCUACAUCGCCACCGGCGACAUGUUUGCCGAUAUUUUCACCAAAGCCUUGGGUCCCAAGCCGUUCAUCUUCCAUCGGGAGAAUUUGGGUUUGCGAGGUGCAGUGGUAUGACAGCACGGGGGGGUUGUCAAUAUAUUGCUGUUUCAUCCCACUGGUAUUCCCGAUUAUGAUUAGUUACUAGUUGUUGAUAUUAGUCGCCCCGCGCGUCUCGAGCCUGCCUCGCGCGCGCUCCCUUAGCGCUUAUCUUCCUUCUCCAACUAUCUUUACUAUCUUCAUCGGCUCUCGUACUUACGCACUUCGUGCCUCGGCCUCAGUUCCUGAAACCCAUUACCCCUGUUCUGCGUAA